GGACACCACCUGGACCGCGGAGAUGGAAGCGGAGUAUGUGAAGAUCCACGGUCCGGACCCUUACGGAUUCGGUGGGCUGCCGCAACAGCAGAUGAUGCCUGAAAUGGUCCACGACGCGGACGAGCCAGAAGAAGUGGACGAGGCCAGCCAAGAAGAGUUGCACGCGGAACUGUAACCUGGACAGCGCUGACAUUCUCCGGCAACAUGUUACGUACUUAUUAAUGUUGAUUCCUGUUGUGAAAUAGUGAUGAUAGCCAAAAUAGUUUUAAACUACCGAUAGGUUUUUUAAUUUGUGGGAGCAAAUGAGUGCUUGUUUCGUGAGUGUUUUUAAUAUGUAAUUACCCUGUGGCCGACGUGGAAUUAGAUAUAGGCUCUAAUUGUGUUUAUUAAAGUGCCUUAUUAUAUGUAUAUUUGUAUAAUGAAAUGGAAUUACUAUGAAUUACAUUUAUAAAUACUCCAGCAGGGUUGCCAUAUCGACUUUCUAAAAUCAUGUGACAGUCGACACGUGACAUGGCUUAAAAUUGAGAUGCAUAAUUCCCAUUUAUUUUAACAGUUUGCUAUUAACGUUUACGAUUGUAGAGAGUCAACUUGGUUAAACCAAGAAUUAAUUCUCAUCCGCCGACAUGUCACAAUGACAUAACAGUAAAAUUGUUUUAAUAAUUCAAACAUAACAAUGUAACUGUUUUGAAAUUUUCCUCGUUGGUAUUUUCAUCAUUGUUUUUAUUAAUUUUAUUUAUUAUUAAUACUACUACCGGGUGUCCCGUGGCAGAUUUAGGAUUUCUUGAUUCAAUUAAAGAAGGUUAUUCUUUUAGAAUAUACAUAUAUUUGUCAUGAAAAGAAAGACGAGACAUGCGGAUUUCAUUUUUUGAAUAUCACUCCGUCCAAAUGUUUUCCAUCGCGACGUACACUCGCGGAAUUUUUCGAGAGUAUUCUGAGCGACGGGCUGCAAUACUGACAGAGGAAUAGCUUUCACUUCUCGCACGAUAUUUUCUUUUAAAUCCGAUAGAUGCCUUGGGUUGCUGUCGUACACUUUUCCUUUUAAGUAACCCCGUAGAAAAAAUCUAAUGGGGUGAGAUCUGGCGAUCUGGGUGGCCAUGCGAUGUCUCCAAAUCGGCUAAUCAAUUUUCCGGGGAAUUCUUCGCAAAGGAGACUCAUGGUGGUUUUUGCUGUGUGCGGCGUGGCGCCAUCUUGUUGAAACUACGUGUGAGAGCUGUUCGAUGGAUGUUCUCUUAGUUUCGGAAUAAAAUAUUCGCUAAGCAUGCGGCGGUAGACAUCACCAUCAACAGUUACGGUUACUCCACGAGAAUUCUCAAAGAAAAACGGUCCAAUUAUUCCAUUGAAAGAAAGAGCUGCUCAAACAGUUACUUUUGGGCUAUACAAUGCUUGUUGGUGUUUUAAUCGCGGGUUUUGUCCUUUUGGCACCCAAUAGCGGCAGUUUUGUUUAUUCACAAAACCAUUCAAGUGAAAAUGAGCUUCAUUACUAAACCAAAUUGUGUUAACAGUACGGAAUCGGCUCAACAUGUUAUCACAGAACUUUUUGCGUUCUCUGUAGUUAUUUGGUUUAAGUGCCUGUACCAAUUCGAUCUUGAAGGGGUGGAAUUUAAUGUCCAAGCUUAAAAUACGAUGUACCGUGGUUUUUGGAAGUCGCAAACUUGACGCUCUCUUGCAUACGGACUGGCGGGGAUUUUCUUGCACGCUGUUUGUAACGCGUUCAAUGUUUUGUGCAGUCCUCGACGUUCGGCUAGGACCUGGGCGUGGCUCGUUAACUGUUGAACCUGUUGCACGGAACUUCUGGACCCACGUCAGAAUGAAACUUUGACUCGGUGCUUCACUUAAGCGACGGAUAUUGUAGUGAGAACAAAAUGUCCGGCGAGCAACAGUGCACGAUUUGUUAGGUUCAAAAUGCGCUUCAAGUGCGAAAGCGCGGUGCGCGCCACUCCACUGCGCCGUCGUGAUCGAGCAGCCCGCACUCCGCACUCCGCACUCCGCACUCCGCACUCCGCACUCCGCACUCCGCACUCCGCACUCCGCACUCCGCAGUGCGCCGCGCCAAGCUGCCACCCCACCCCGGCCCCCGCGCAACCGUUGCAAAAAUAUUCCAAUUUCAAAUCCUACAUCUGCCACGGGACACCCUGUACUUGCAUAAUGUGUGUGCUUUACAGUUGUUAUAAAGAAGCAUAUAACUGCCAUUUAAAUUGUAUGUAGGUGUGUAAUUUAAGGUUAUUUAAAAUAAUUACCUUGUACAGUUUGAUCAUUCCACACGUGCCAGAUUAAGUCUGUUGAAGUUAAGAAAAUGUGAAGUAAAUUUGAAUAAAAUUUUAAAAUAGUAAAGAUUUAAAAUUAUAGUAAACUUAAAAUAUAUAAAAUAAUAUUAUUUUAUGGUAUUGAGUGGUGGCAUAACUGUAAAAAGAAGGAACUGACUGGAGCCAGACUAUACACUGUGUUACGUGUAACGAGCUUCGGGCUUGCAGAGUGUUAUCUCUGUCAGUUGUUUCUGAACGAUUCUUAUAGUCGCUCCACUUUUAUUAAAUUUUUCAAGUUGAUUAGUACUUCGUUCGACAGACUGCUUUUUGACUCUUUCUAAAACCCAAUGUGUAUUAUUUACAGACGAAUACUUUAGUAGCAUGUCUAUACAUAUAAAUAAAAUUGAAGUGUCUGUCUGUAAUAUUUAAAUAACUGCCUUUUAUAGCUAUAGGAGUUAUUUACCUGUCAUUAAGACUUGUAUAACCAUUUUUAAAAAUUUUAUCUUUUCGUUUGUCUGGCCUAAUCUCCAGAAUUGCUAAACCGAUUGUAAUAAAAUAUUUCGAAUUAUAUACAGACAGAGAGCAAUACCAGGAGAGAUCAAGGUUAUGUUUUAUUUGGAAAACUUGGAGAAUUUUUUGGAGAAAUCUAAAAAUGUGUGAAAUAAAUAAAUAUUAAAAUUUGUAUUUUGAUAAUAUUUUGAGUUGAAAUGAAAUUCCACAAUCAACUAAAUCUAUAAUAUGACAUGUAAAAUAAUGCAUACAUUGACCUUGCAUAGGAUACAUAAUAUAUUGUUCCGACAGUUGUUUGGUAAAAAUGAAUACAUAAGUAAUAUUUAUUUUUGAAUUUUAAAACAGAAUUAAUUUAUACUUGUAAUUUAUUAUGAUGUUUUGUUUUGCGACCGGCAAUCAAUGUGCAAUGCUAGGUAUAGUAGGUAGGCUACCGCCUCCGAUGCCACAGUAUAAGACGGCUAUGCAAGUGAUGUUUGACUUAGAUAAAUAAAGUCUUCCUAUUUACAAUUAUUGUUGACUGACCGUUUAUGACAAGUAAAUGUUUAAUCAAAGACUACCCAUACCACUAGACGAGCACUACGGUACUAAUGCAUUAUGCACCAAGUUACGCUCAAUGCUCCGUUACUCCUUUAACCGACCGCGAGCGGCCGAGACGACUAUUUCUUUGUUUUGUAAAUCCAAAAAAAAUGCUUUAGACAAUCUAACACUGAUUUUGUUUAACUUGAUUUGUUUGACAUGUGCGCACUUUGUCAACGUGUAACUAAGUAUGUAAUUUUUUAUCGUAUUUGCCUAAAAACAUAUUUAUAUAGCAUAUACUGUAUACUAUAACACCGUUUUUGUACUGAAUUGACCGUCCAGUGGGUAUACAUAGAAGUGUUUGUGAUUAAUUCAUUGCGAUGCGUCAACUAUUCCAUUUAAUUUAUUGAAAUUAUUAUAAUAAUUUGACAAUAAUAAAUUAAUAAUAAUGUAAAAGCGACAGUAGCCUAAUGCAGAGUUCGGACCGCGAACUCAAAGCUCGUGGGUCCGAAUCCGCCAUUCGACUACUGUCGUGGACCACUCCUAACAAGCAUUUUAAACAUUGAUCACUAAUAAAAAACUAGAUAUACAAUCAAUGACAAAAAUGUCCUUACCAAAUGAGCGCCCACUCGAACAUUCGGGUGGCUUUUAAUUUGUACGUAGCUUUCUGAAUACAACUUUAGACAAUGCAUUUAAGGUUGAAUUUGUAUUAAUGUAUUUUUUUUUAGAGAACUUGCAUGGGAUUGUGCAUCUAGUUUUUUUAAAUUAGUGAUCGAUGAUUUUAAGCUAACCUGAAGCGGUUAAAGUGAAUAUUAGUAAUGUUAAUAACAUUGCUAAUAUUAAAUUAAAAAAAUAGUGUCUGAUGCGAGGGUGAGGACGCGUUGUGUCGCUCCGCCGCUGUUGUGAAAUUGUGUGAUUUUAAUUGUAUUAAAUACUUUGUUGC